GAAAAUAACCUGGGCGCCUCGUGGAGAAGGGGAACAAAUUUGUAUUUGAGUUAUCAUUUUGUGAUGAUAUUUGUAAAAAUCAGUUGUGCAGCCAUUGCGUGACUUAUUCUGGAAAUGCACAUGAGAAGGGGAAAGAAUGACGGUGAUGGAGUUAUUUUUGGGGGGAUCCGUCUUCAGUUUAGUCCGUUUCCGCUCUACAUAGGUGUUCUUCCUGGUUGUUGAUUCCUCUGAGAAAGUAGCAACGUUUCGGCCAUGAGCAAGUUCCAGUAGAAUGCACGCGACGAUUGGAAAUAACGCCCAAUAGCGUGAAAUCUAUGUAGAUGCGCGCGCGCUUUUUGCUGCCAAAGCGUCUCCUUUUGCGCUGAAGGAUUCGUGCAAUGCAGUGUUCAUUUUGAUUAAGUCCAAAAUGCCCGACUGCUGUGCCGCAGCAAACUGCAAGCAGAGUACGGACCAGUCCAACGUUUCCUUCUUUAGGUUCCCGCUGGAUCCCGUUCGAUGUAAACAAUGGGUGGGUAAAUGCCACAGAACAGAUCUGGAGACCAAAACACCUGAAGAUUUACACAGCAACUACAGAUUGUGCUCAAAACACUUUGAGACAUCAAUGAUAUGUCAGCAAAGCUCUCAGAAAUCUGUUUUGAAGGAUGAUGCCGUUCCUACUAUAUUUGAUUUUGCAACCAACCAGGACAAUGCACAAACUAGCAACAGAAAAAGGACACGGGAGAAAACAGGAGAGGAGCCUGUUGCCACAAAGAAAACUAAAGGUACCACCAAUAACUCAAACCCCUCUGUGCCAGAGGCAGAAGAUAAAGUUGAGAGUGAUUCAGCUGAGAACAGCGAAACACACAAUCCUCCUGCACAUGAUGAAUCAGAGGAGGAUCCUGCUAUUUACAAAGCGAAAGAAAUUUUGAAAGACUACUUCAAGGAGACUUUAGCCUUCACUGGUUUUAGCAUCCCCAACAGUGCAUCUCUUAAUGCUGUUAAACCACUGGGGAAUGACCCAGCUAGGCCACUCUCUGUCAACACCAUAUGCGCAGAGAAGAUUGACCAAAAAGAAGUGCUCACCUUAGGUGAGGAUGUGAUGCGUGAGGAGAUCCGCAAUAGCUUGCGCCUUGCACGCUUCUUUUCCAUACUUCUACAAGACAGAGUAAGCAUUGAGGGCAAGGACCAGAUUCCUGUGUUUAUCCGCUCAGUCACUGGUGAAGGCUUUCCACAGAAACACCUCAUGGGAUUCCUUCCUUGCGAUGUUGACUCUGACACUCUGUUUCUUAUGCUUAUAUCUGAGAUCCGGAACAAGUGGGGCCUGCGGAUGGAGCACUGCCGCGGCUUCACCUACCUGUCAUCAGGUGCCAUGUGUCAGAAACUGAAGGAUCUCUCCUGCAGGAUGCUGCGGGAUUUUCCACAGGUAGUUUUGUCCCCCAGUGAGCCUUAUGCCUUCAAUGUGUGGUUGAUUCGCUCCAUGCCCAUCCUUCCAAUUCAGGACGUUGUUGAUACUGUAGAGCAGGUUGCUGCCAUUAUUAGGCAAUCAGAAACUCUGGCGAAGAAACUUGAUGCCAAGAUCACUGCUUCAUACAGCCACAUCAAAGGUGAAGUGGACAGAGUGAAGGAGUCUUGUCAGAACCAUUGGGAAUACGCCACUGAUGCUUUCCAGACAAUGCUUGAUAUCUUGGAGCCGCUUUUGAGCAGCAUUGGUGAGAUGUGCACCAGUGCCCUUUCAGAUGUGGACACAGACACCAUCGUAGUGCUUCUAAUGCUGAAAGAGAAGCUGAAGAACUUUGAUUUCAUCAUUACACUUGUGGUCCUGAAGAACACACUGUGUUGUGUAAGCAUCCUGAACCCCAGCCUCCGGGGAAUAAUCAGCAUCAGCAGCACAUUGCAGUACACCAUCUCUAACGCCUUGAAGCUUCUAACCAAACAUAUGCAGGAGAUCGCCAUUUUUCACAGAAAGUGGUUCUCUGAUGCAGUGGGCAGAGCCAAGAAGUUGGGGGUGCCAGUCAGUCUGCCAGUGGAGAUGGAGACAAAUGGUGAUGGUGCAGAGAAACCGCAAGCCUCUUUGGAGGAUUACUACAGGGAAGCACUGAGCAAGAAGGUUUUACAAUACCUUGUUGAUGAAGUCAAAAGAGUCCUAGGCACUGAAAUGGCAAGAAUCCUCAGAUGGUUGUCAUUGGUGCCCUCAUAUAUGGCUGACCACAAUUUUAGCAUCCGCAAAGACAAAGUUGCUGAUGCUAACCUGAAUAACUUGGCCCGUCCUGAUUCCUUUUAUGAUGAGCUGGGCUGUUGGGAAGUGAAAUGGCGACAUGCUAGCAAGCGAAGGAUUCUUCCCACCAGUGUGUUUGCUACUCUCAAGAUCCCAGAUAUAGGCUUUUACCCAAAUGUUCAGAGCCUGUUGAGAGUGUUGGGCACCAUCCCUUGUGUCCGCGCAGAAUCUGAUGUGUAUGGGCACUAUGACAUGGUGUUGGACCGCUAUCAGUCCUACAUGAAAAAAAUACAAGUGGAAAAGAGACUGAGCAAUAUGGCCUUUGUUUAUGUCAAUCAAGAUGUCCACUUCAGCACUGAGGAAAUGGUGGAGGCGUAUGUAAAGAAAUAUCCAGAAAUCCUGCAGCUAUUACAUGAAGAUGAUGUAAUGGAAGUGCAACCAUCAGUUCCUGAAUCCAGUGCAAAUGACACCUCUAAAGAAGAUACGGAAGAACCAAGAGAGAUGACUUUAAAUAUGGACAUUGAGAGACAGAAACUGCUUGAGUGUGCAGAAACCGAUAAAGAAGCAUUAAAAUCUGCAUUACAGACCGCUGUCACGGCAGCAUAUGGCAGGCAAAGCAGACACACUCAAGGUGAUCAAGAUCAAGAUCAAGAAGUAGAAUAUGUGACCAAAUCCGAGAUGAAUGAAGUCCUUAAAGUGUGUGAGGAUGUUGUACGGGAUAGGAUUCUUUCAGAGCUCGUAAAUUCAUUCUUCUCCCUGUUUAUCGACCGAGUUGUCCGAUUGGGAGAGACAGACUACUUACCCAUGUUCAUCAGAUUUGUUGAUAGUUUUGAUGUCAUGCGCCUUGAGCUUCUGGGUUUUAUCGAAGUUACUCAUGACACUGAGGCCAUGUGCGAACGACUUUUUGAUGUUGUCACCAAAGAGUGGCGUCUCGAUUUGAGCUACUGCAGAGGUCAAGCUUACCUUGGCUCUGGGGAAGUGUCCUACAAGCUCAAGGCCUUUGCAUGUAAAAUACAGGAGCAGUAUCCUCUUGCUAUAUGCACACACUGCUCAUGUUACUCAUUCAAUACCUGGUGGUCAAGAUCAGUUCCAGUAGCUGCAGUCAUCAGAGCCAUAGACACGUUAGAGGAGAUAGUGUCAUUCUUCCACAGCAUGCCUGCCCUCGAGAAACAGUUAGAUCAAGUCUUAGCCAUAGGCCUAAGAGAAAGCUAUGAGAAAAUCCAUGAGCUUCAAGGAAAGUUCUGCUCCUCUUGGCUUGAGAAACACGACUCUUAUGAAGUCUUCGCUCAGAUUUUGGAGCCUCUGGUAGAUUGGCUUGAAAAUAUUGAUAACUGCCAACCACAAAGAUGGAGUUUGGCAGUAUCCAACCGAGCCAAGAGACUACUUCAGUUAAUAAAGGACUUUGAUUUCAUUGUGGCAAUUGUUGCGCUAAAAAAUGCCUCAUCCUUCACCAGAGAACUGAGUGCAGCAUUACAGAAAGACCAUUUUAGUGCUGCCUCACAGCUCAGCCAGAUCAGUGGUAUUGUGGCCACGCUUAACAGAGUGAAAACCAACAUCAAGGUUUUCCAUCAGAAUUGGUUUGAUGAAGCUUCUUGUUUUGCUCAGAGUCUGGGUGUGCAGGUCAAAGUGCCUGAUAGCGUGAUUGUUCCAAGGGACAGUCUCUUGAAGCCAGGUUCAUACUAUAAAGACGCAAUGAGUGUCCCUUUAGUUGACCACCUUAUAAACAUGGUGAAGGACUAUUUCUCUGAUGACCACAAGGAGGCUCUCAACUUAUUGUCCUUGGUCCCGUGCUCCGUGACAAUGAGCUAUGUUUUUGAAAUGCUCAAGUCAAAACCUCCAUUGUACAUUGGUGACCUUCCCGAUCCUGACAACUUCUUCACGGAGCUAAGCUGCUGGAAAGUGAAGUGGAAAACAAAAGUGGUUAGUGUAACCAUACCAGAGACCAUUUUUCAGACUCUGCGUCUACCCCUCAUGCAGUACUUCGUAAACAUCAACACAUUGCUGAAGAUAAUGUGUGUGUUGCCAAGCACAGCUUUAGAAUAUUGUGGUGAGGUGAAGCGGCACAAAAUGUAUCAAGACUACUUGAGCAACACCUCACCUAUGGACAGAUCGCCGUGUUUAGCCGUACUUCAGGUGGGCACUGACUUUAACAGAGACCUAGACCGAAUGGUUGCUCAGUGCUUAAAGCUCACACCUAAGACACUGGAGGGUAUUUGCCUGGACAAAGAAUCCAAAACCUUAGGAAGGACUGUUGAAAUAAAAGCAGAAGAUGACACCCACAUGGAUGAAGUAGAGGAAAGGGAAGCUCAGCAGGACAAAGACUCCCGAAUACUUGUGGUGAAUUCUGAGAUAACAGGCAGCGAAGCAGAAAUCUACAAAGAGGGAGCAGAUAUCAUAGAAACUCAGCAGCAGUCUGAAAACAUAGAAGUGGUUGCUGGUUGCACGGAAGUGGCUGCUGAGGAGCAGCGUGAAAAGGUUGAAGAAGUGGAGCAGGUUCCAGAUGAGAAUGGCCAUUCUGAUGAACCAGCUGACAACAUAAAAAACUGUGAAGAAGUCUUUAAACAAGCAGCUACGCUUGCAAGGAGAAACUGCUCAUUGAUUGACCUUGAUAAACCAGAGCAAGAUGCUGUUGUUCAGAAACUUGCCUUAUGUCAUUGGGUGAAGGAGGAAGGGACAUUGUUUUCAGAGGGAGAAAUGUUACAAAGUAUUGUGAAGGUCAUACGAGAAACAAUCCUCACUGAAGUUCAGGACUCUUUUUUCUUUUCCAUCAUCACUGAUAGAGCUAUUUCAGUGGGUGAUGCGAAGUUCCUGCCAGUCUUUGUUAGAUAUGUGAAUGACUGCAUUCCUAAAGUGGAGCUUAUAGGAUUUCUGCCCUUUGAUGAAAGCUCCGAUGUGGAUUUGCAAGCUAAGGCUCUUUCAGCAACACUUGAAGAUGAGUGGGGACUUCAGAUGGGCUGCUGUCGUGGCCAGUCCAUCAUGUGUUUUGGUACGGGGAGCAAAAGUCUCAGGAAGAUGGCUUUGGGUUUUUUAGAGAGCUAUCCAUUAGCUGUGAACACUCCCAGUGAAUCUUGUGGACUUGCCUAUUGGCUGGCUUUAAGCCUACAAAAUACAUCCAUUACAAAGGUUCUAGAGACAGCUGAAGAUCUAUUACAGUUUUUUGACCAGUCACCCAAAUUAGAGAGUGAACUUGCCAAGACCAUGGAUGGGCUGCUGAAUACCCCACGGGAAGCACUUGCAGAGGUCCCAGAGACCUGCCUGUCCAGAUGGAAGAAGAGAGAAGACUUCUUUGAUAUUUUGGUGGACAUGCUGGAGGGAGUCCUGAACUGCUUAGAUUCUGUGAGCACCAACUCCAGUGGGUCAUGGAGUGAUAGCAUGUCACUGCAUUCCCAGAUCCUGUCCACAGCUCUUAGACAGGUUGAUUUUAUCAUCCCCCUAGUGAUCUUGAAGAAUGCCUGUGCGCCCUUAAGGAAUUGCAGCACUGUGUUUCGCUGUGGAAACCCUGCUGACAUUAUUUGCGAGCUUGAGAAGAUAAUGCCAAUAAUAGAUACUUUUAGCAAGAUGUUGGGCAAUGUGAGUGUGGUGCAUUCUGUCUGGUUUGACGAGGCAGUGGAGCUUGCAACUAAGGUCAUGGGAUUGCUGUCUUAUGCGGAAUCUGUCAGUGGCUAUGAUUCACCAGAAACAUCUUACAUGGAAGCAGUUAGCUUACCAGUUCUAAAUGGUUUGAUUAUAGAAAUGAAGUUUAACUUCUCAGAGAAUCACCUAAAAGCCCUGAAAGUUUUGUCCCUUUUGCCAACGUGCAACCCUCUGUCUAUUCUCCCAGAAUCUGCAGAUAAACUGCACACUAUAUACCUGAGUGAUCUCCCUGAACCAGAAACAGCGGAAGAAGACAUUAACACCUGGGCCACGGUAUGGAGGGAGAAGUAUCAAGAUGUUUGUCCUCCCACCUCCAUCUCUGAGACAUUGCUCCAUAAUGAAGCCAAAAACCUUCCAAAUGUUGCAACCCUUCUUAAACUUGUGGCCGUGUUGCCCAGCAUUAGCAUGGAGUGCGAUCUAAUGAAGACGACGCUAAACUCUUUGAGGACCUUACUCAGAGAUGGUAUCUUCAACCGGGGCAGUAAGACUGAUGCAGUGAUGCUUCUUAUGCAUCGCCAGACACUACAGAGCCUGGAAGAGGUGAUUGAGAAAUGCAUGGCGGGUGAUCCAGAAAGUAAUACAUUUCUUGCUCAGGUAAAGUCAAGAGUUAAUCACCUGAGAAUGGAAGGUGAGGUGAUUGCCAUGGCUCCACAGGAGUUGGUUGUAGAUACAAAUGGUACGGAUUAUCCACAAGAGGCAAAUGUUGCUGGAAUCGAUGUCGAAACUGCUGCUCCAGAGGAAAAUCUAGUGGAAACCAAUGACACUAGUGAAAUGGAAAGAGCUGAAGAAAAUAAAACUGACCAGCCAUCAUCUUUAACAGUUAGCAGCUCAGACAAAGCCACAACAGCAGCUCAAGUCAUCCCUGCUUGUAGCUCUCUGCCAACCAGCACACCUGACCAACCAACAGAAUCUGUCCAAGAUGCCGUUAUGCAAUCUACAGCAGCAGAACAUGAUAGAAGUGAUCAACUGAUCGCACUUGUUCAAGAUCUAAAUGAUAGGUCUGAAGUACUUGAUCAGUGUGGAAUUGGUCUACCAGUAACAGGGGAUCAAAUAGUAACUAAUCAAGGUGGAACUGGGCAGUCCAAUGAAGAAGAGCCAGUUAGCACUGUUCAGUCAGUAUCAGCUAAUCAAAGUGAAACUGAUCAACCUAUGGAAGUUGAUCAGUUUGUUGCCACAGAACCAGGUGAAGCUGACCAGCCAGCAACAGAGGAACAAAGUGUACCUGAUCAGUUCACGGCAGUUGCUCAAGUUGAUACCAAUUCCUCCAUAGUUGCUCAAGAUGAAGGUUGUCACACAUUAACAGGCUUAGCAGAUGGUCAGUUUGUGUCAGAGGAUCAGAGUGAAUCUGUUCAGCUCAUGUCAGUGGAUCACAGUGUAAAUGAUAAUUUCGAGUCAGUCCUUCAAAGCGAAACUGAUCAACCCAUGGAAAUUGAUGUGAGUGGAAAUUACCCAUAUGUAGUUGAAGAUCAGGGUGGAAAUGGCAAGCCAGCAACAGGGGAACAAUGUGUAGUUGAGCAGUUGGAAGUUAGUCCAGUUGAAACUGAUCGGUCUAUUGUAAAAGUUCAGGAUGAAGCUUGUCAGUUAUUAACAGUGAUCGCAGAUAAAGGAGAAACUGGUCAACUGAUAUCAGUGGAACAAAUUGGAUCUCAUGAUCUUGAGGCUGUUGAUAACUCUGGAAAUAAUAAUUUUGUAGCAGCAGGCCAGGACAAAACCGGUCAGUCAGUAACUGAAGAUCAGAUUAUAAAUGAUCGGUUUGUGACAGAUGGUCAAUUUGAAACUGUAAAUUUAGUAGUAAAAAGUCAAGAUUCUAUUCAGACAGAACAUGGAUUAGUAAAUGAGGGUGAGUUAAUAUCAGAGGAUCAAAGUGAAUCUCAUGAGCUCAUGGUAGUUGACUCUGGAAAAGAUCAGUCUCUAACAUCAGAUCACAGUGUAACUGGUCAGUCAGAAAUAGGAGACCCAAGUGUAACAGAAGAGUUCAUAGUAGUUGGUCAAGUUGAAAAUGAUAAUUCCGUAGUAGAAGAUCAAGAUAAAACUGUUCAGACAGAAACUGGGUUCCCAAGUGAAGGUGAAACUAGUCGGUUAGGAGAUCAAAAUGUAUCUGAUCAGCUCAUGGUAGAUGACGACUCUGGAAAUUAUCAGUCUGUAACAGCAGAUCAAGAUGUAACCUUUCAGUCAGUUACAGAAGAUCAAAGUGUACCUGAUCAAUUUAUAGCAGUUGGUCAAGUUGAGUCAGAUCAAUCUGUAGUUGAGGGUAAAAAUGAAACUGCUCAGACAGAAACUAUAUUACCAAAUGAAGUUGGAACUAGUCAGUUAAUAUUAGGGGAUCAAUGUGGAGCUGAUCAGCUCAUGGUAGUUGACUCUGGAAAUGAACAUUCUGUAACAGUAGAUCAUAGUGGAACUGGUCACUCUGUCUUACCAAAUGAAGUUGGAACUAAUCAGUUAGUAUUGGGAGAUUGUGGAUCUGAUGAGCUCAUUGUUGUUGAGUCUGGAAAUGAUCAGUCUGUAACAGUAGAGCAAGGUGGAACUGAUCAGUCAUCACCAGAUCAAACUGUAACUGAUACAUUUGUGGAAGUUGCAGCUCAUCAGCCUAUAGUAGAACAUCAAAGUGGAUUUGGGUUAGAAGACGGAAGUGGAAUUUGUCAGAUAGCAUCAGGGAAUCAAAGUGGAAAUGAUCAGCUUGUGGCAGAUGAACCCUGUGGAAAUGAUCAGUCUGUAGUAGAAUCUCAAGGUGAAACUAUUCUUGCAGUUGCAUUGAAUCAAAGUGUGCCUGAUCAGUCUGUGGCACUCAGUCAAGGUGGAAAUGAUCAGAUAGUACCAGGGAAUCAAAGUGAAACUGAUCAGUCCAACAUAGAUCAGGCUGGCCUUGAGCAGCCCAAAGUAGCUUCAGAUUGUGGCACAGAUCAGUUCAGUUCAGUGGCUCCAGAUUGCUCAGACCAAGAAACUGCAGCAGUACACAUUUGCCUUGAUCAAUUCUCUGCAAUAACUCCAAGUGUUACUGACCAUUGCACACCUGCUUCAUCUGAGGAUAUUACGGAUCACCCCAUGGAAGCAGAAUCUGAAUGCACAGUCCAGUCUGGAGUAAAGGCUCAGGAUAGUGCAAACCAAGUAGUUACCCUGGAUGGCACUGGACUACAAAAAAUAGUUUUUACCCCCUAUGAUGCUGUUGCUCGAGAGGAAUUGCUCAAGGAACUGUGCAACAUAAAGUUCUUUUCCAUAGUCACUGAGGAAGAGUUUGCAAUCGAUGGCCAACCAUACAUCUCUGUAGGAAUACACUACCUUAACAAACAAGACAUCAAGUGUGAAAAUAUGUUGACCUUUAUCCCGCUUUCCACAAACAUUACUUCAUUCGUUGAUACGCUCACCAUCGCUCUUUCUGAGAAGUGGGGUUUGAACUUGGCACACUGUAGAAGUCUAAACUUGGCAAGACCAGGUGCCACAGUCUCUCAGAUGACACAGGCUUCAGCUUUGCUUUCCCAGAGACUCCCUCAUGCUUUCAGUUUCCCGAACCUUGUAACUCCAAAAUCUUUGCUAGAUGGUUUGUCCUCCCUGAGAGAGAUAACUCACUGUUUUGAGUGCUUGGAGCAGCUCUUCAUGUGGUUCUCUGAGGAUAUUCAACGACGUGUAAGACUAGAGGAGGCUGUUGUACAUUUGUUCCAGGAGGACGAAAGGAAGGCCAGUGAGCUGAAAGCCAAGAUCAGCAGCAAUCAAUUGGCAAUGAGCCAUGAAGUUCUGGAACUCACUACAGACAUUCUAGAGGCCAUCGUCUUUUGCUUGAAUGAGAUGAAAGGGAACCAAGAUAAUGAGGCAAACACAGCACAGGCUCAGAGCUUCCUUUCUGAUAUCCAAAACUUUGAUUUCAUAUUGACAGUUGUGAUUAUGAAAAACAUCUUGAGCCUCACCAAAAGCAUAAGCCUGAGUCUUCAGGGAAGUUCCUAUGAUGUGUAUCAAGCUGUAAACCGCGUGUCUGAUCUGCUACCCUCUCUCAGUGAAAUGAACAGUAUUGACUCACAUCAUCAAACCUGGUUUCAAGAGGCUGUUGCUUUGGCUUCUAAGCAGAUACCCUCACUACAACCACCCUUAAAUGUGCACUACAGAGAGGACAUCAGUAAAGGGGCCAUUGAGCACUGUAUUGCUGAGAUGGAAGGACUCUCCCAGGAUGUUCUGUCAGCUGUUCGCUGCUUGCAGGUUGUGCCUUAUGUCAUGUCCAAAGUGGAGGGAUGCUGCAACGACACUGAGUUUGUCAAGGUGUUCCAAGAUGUCUUACCUGACCCAAAAUCCUUCCAGGAUGAGCUGCAGAGGUGGAGGGACAGGUGGCAAGACUGUAUUGCCAGUCAUCAGCACCUACCCGACACUGUUCUCGGCACUCUCAAAACUUCUGACAUUGAGACUUUUCCCAACAUUUCAACUAUCCUUAGGCUCCUGGCAGUCCUGCCCAUCUCCAGCACACAGAGUAGCUUCACACAGGGAAAGAUGAAAUCUGAGCUGUACCCUCUGUAGUAGGCUUGGCUUAACUAGCUGCCCCCAAACAAGCUGUCUAAUAGGAUGUCACACACUGCUGAAACUUCAGAAUGUCCUACUGUAUUCUCUAAACUGUAGAUCACAUCUGACUGUAGGUUUCAGUAUGUUUAUUUUAUUAGAUGAAUUAGACCUGUACACUCUUAAGGAUAAUCACAUAAUGGUUUUAUUGAUGUUUUGUCUUUUUUAUUAUUUGUUUUCCUUUUACGUAAGUGGCAUGGAAAAAGAGGACUGCCAAUUGGGACCAAUGUCUUGCCAAAAAAAAA